AUGCGGUCGCUGUAUCGGACCGUUGUGUGUCAAGAUCUCACUGGGUGUGCAGCAGGGACUGAUCGAGACGAAAACCUGCAGUUUGCUGAAGGACAUUCAGGACGAGCUCAACCAACAAUGGAACCUGGACCAAAGGUGCUCUUUGACCCUAUCCACGGUCACAUGGAGUUUCAUCCUAUUCUGGUCAAAAUCAUAGACACGCCUCAGUUUCAAAGACUUCGAUACAUCAAACAGCUGGGAGGAGCGUACUUUGUUUAUCCAGGAGCUUCCCACAACCGAUUUGAACACUCACUUGGAACGGCCCACUUAGCUGGAAAGCUCGUGCGAAGUCUCAAAGAGAAACAAACAGAUCUUGGCAUCGAUGACAGAGACGUUCUUUGUGUUGAAAUUGCCGGCCUCUGCCAUGAUCUGGGACAUGGGCCUUUCUCUCACAUGUUUGAUGGAAAGUUCAUUCCUAAAUCUAAAUAUAAACCUGGCUGGAAACAUGAGAAGGCGUCGCUUAGGAUGUUUGAUCAAAUUGUUGUAUCCUUGAAUUUGAGUCAGCACCUGAAUGUUGAUGACAUCAUGUUCAUUAAGGAGAUGAUUAAUGGACCAAUUGAACCGGGACGUUACGAGGGCCGCUCACUAAACAAGUCUUUCCUCUACGAGAUAAUCUCCAACAAAAGAAACGGCAUUGAUGUGGACAAGUUUGACUACUUUGCCAGAGAUUGUUAUCAUCUUGGAAUAAAGAAUAGGUUUGACCACAAUCGCUACAUCCAGUUUGCUAAAGUUUUUUGGGAGGACGGUAAAUGGCAGAUCUGCACCAGAGAUAAGGAACUGCCCAAUGUUUAUGAAAUGUUCCACGCGAGGAGUUCUCUCUACAGAAAGGCUUGCUUUCACAAGACCAAAGAGAGCAUUGAGCUGAUGAUUACGGACGCCUUACUCAAAGCAGAUAAAGACGUUAAUCCAGAGGGUGAAAAUCCAGAGGGUGAAAAUCAAGAGGUCGAAAAUCAAGAGGUCGAAAAUCAAGAGGUCGAAAAUCAAGAAGUCGAAAAUCAAGAUGUCGAAAAUCAAGAGGUCGAAAAUCAAGAAGUCGAAAAUCAAGAUGUCGAAAAUCAAGAGGGUGAAAAUCCAGAGGGUAGAUUCCAGAUUUCCAGAGCUAUUGACGACAUGGAUGAUUACCUCAAGCUCACAGACGAUAUCUUUGAAAAGAUCUGUUAUUCCGAUGGCCCUGAACUUGCGGACGCUCGAGAGAUUCUACAGAACGUUCUAUUUCGAAAACUGCCCAAAUAUCUGGGAAAUGUUAAAAUGACAGAGGAGCCUAAUGCAGAGACACAAGAAAAAUGGAAAACUGAACUGGCACAACAGUCCACAUAUCACGGCGAGAACCCACUGACUGCAGAUGAUUUUGAAUUUAUUAUCAGCCGUAUUGACUUUGGAAUGAGAGAUCAAAACCCGAUGGAAAGCCUGUAUGUCUACAAUAAGUUCAACAUACCAUUCAAGAUUCCCAGUGACCAGGUAUCUCAGUUUCUCCUGCCAAAUGAGUUUUCUGAGAAAUCGAUCAAUGUCUACUACAAAAAGAUGGACAAUGUAGAAGUCGCUCAAAGGAAUUUCUAUGGAUGGGGUCGCAGGAAGAACCUAUACCUUCCUCCGGUGACAUCUGUCCACUCCCUCUGUCCACUCCCUCUGUCCACUCCUCUGUCCACUCCUCUGUCCACUCCCUCUGUCCACUCCUCUGUCCACUCCCUCUGUCCAUUCUGA